GGUUCGCAUUCCCGAAGCUCAGACUUUCCGUGGGCCUCAAAUCGUCACUCGGUCGGGAGCGUACCAACUUGCCACCAUGGCAUCAGGGUUCAUCGUCAACAAAGGUCUUACGUUCGUGUUGGUGCUAGGCGGAAUGUACGCAGGUAGCAACGCCAUUCAACGACUCAUGAAGCCUGAUAUGGUGAGUUUGCUCCCCCUCUGUGGACGCGAAAUUUUCUGGACUUGGCUCAACCUGGACUUGGCUCACCCGGCUCCUGCACUUCAGUCGAUACCUGACCUCCUGGCAGACCCGGCUCUGGACCCAAAGGCAAAGAAGCAGGAGGCGGAGGCGCACGCGCGGACAAAGCCUGCUUCGCAAUUGAGAUGAGGGAACAUUUAAGGUCGCUGGGGCACCACGUCUGUUGAAGACAUGAUAGCUUACAAGACACCGUCGUCAGAGGACGGAGUCAAAUGUAGGCCGGGGCAGACGGGAAGGGCACAUCGCACGGCUUUUUGCCCUCUGCACAUGUGCAUACAGAGAGGCUAUGUUAGUAUAUAUAGCACAUCUAGUCAGUUCCUACGGACUUACGAGGGUUCUGUCCUCCAACAUGCCUGGAUGUGUCCAAGAAACAAGAGCACAAGGUUAAGGCAGGUUAAGGCACCACUAUCUUGUACGCCAGUAUACGUUACCCACUACAUACAUCAAAUGUGGCUUACAUG